AACAAUGAGUCCAUGCUUCAAACUAAUCGUGCUGACCGGCUGUCUGGUCAGUUUGCUACGCAGCGUUUGCACCAACUUGGUUCCACCCAAGAUCCAACCAUUUGCGUUCCCAAAGACUGGCACGGUGGGCGAACGAAGCAGUGUUACGUGCACGACGAUAGCCGGGGACAAGCCGUUCAAGUUUGUUUGGCUGAAGGACGGCUUGACGCUGCGCCAAGAAGGCAACGUCAAAAUCGUGAGCUCUUCAGAAUUUUCCGUGUUCAACAUUGAAAAACUUAGCCUGGAAAACGCCGGAAAUUACACCUGCGUCGUCAGCAAUGCCGGCGGAACUGUGUCCUACGCCAGCACUCUGGAAAUAAAAGCUCCUCCCACGUGGAAGACAGAACCCCGUGACAUGUCCGUCACCGCGGGUCAGAAAGCCAGCAUCACGUGCGACGGCAACGGCCAUCCUCAGCCCUCUGUCAGGUGGACGAAAGAAGGGGAUCGAGGAAGUUCCGACUACAGAACAAAGACGAUCGAGCUACCCUCGGCAUCCAAGCAGGACCAAGGGUCCUACACUUGCGAAAUCGCCAACGGAAUCGGAGAGGCAAUCCGGAAGACGAUCACAAUCCUCGUGAAAUGUAAAUAG